UAUAUUAAUCUCUAAAUCACCCUUUAACAAAUCUGAAAUUAUUAUAUCGCUUUCUAGGAUGUUAAUUGGCCGCCCCUCGGGACCGUAUAAGUUUGUAUUCAGCGUUAAUAACAACGUCGGACGAAUUGAAUCAGAUCUUGACAAGCUUAAAUGGGCCAUUAUGACUAUUGUUCACUAGUUUAAAUCAAGACCCAUGAUUUAUCACAGAUUCAUUUUCACGUCAUAGAAAAACGGAAGAAGCCGCGAGAAGGAUUUCAUAGAGAACAAUUAGAGAACAGUAGGGCGGCACCCAGGGAAAGGAAAUUGUGAAAUCACGCUCCGUGCGCUUUUAUAUAUUCCAUUUAACUUAUAUCGUCAUUAAAAACUGACAAUCAGCUACGCUAGUCAAGCAGGGAGGAAACACUGCUCUUUUAUCUUAGAUAAGUGACAUUAAAACAAACCUUUUUAGUUAGAACACUUCGAGUCUGAGACAUUCUGAGAGGACGAACAGCGUUGCAGAGUAAAAAUGGCCAACACUCGAGUCUCGCUUUUUCUUCUAGCAUGGCUUCAAAUAUUAGAUAUCGGCAACAGUGCAACACCUUUUCUGCGCAUGGGUCGAGGUUUCGGCAUGCUAAGGAUGGGUAGAGGAGGGGGAACUCUACCCUUUUUUCGCAUGAGUCGCGCCAAUGGACUUCCAUACUUUUAUAGUGAUACUCCAACCAUUCGAGACAUUCCACCUUUCCCUAGAAUAGGGAGAUACCUAAACGAAAUAGAAGUGCUAGAGCACGCUCUAGCAGCCGACAUUGACAAUGAAACAAAUGAAUAUGAAAGACAAGUUCCAGCACCAAGAGUAGGACGUAGCUUUAGAAAACGCCGAUCGAUUAGUGACGAUGAUACUAAUGACACGAAUCCGGAGUCAGAACGCAGCGUACCCUUUCCACGAUUAGGUGAAUUAGAAAAAGAAGAGAGAGCCGUUCCAUUUCCGAGAAUGGGGUACAGAGACGCCGUGCCGUUCCCAAGAUUAGGGUACCGUGAUGCUGUCCCUUUCCCUCGUCUAGGCAUGAGGGAUGCCGUCCCAUUCCCAAGGCUGGGAGAACGUCAGUUACCCACACCACGUCUUGGUCGGGAACUGGAAAACAUGUUAUCAAAUGAACGUGCAGUCCCCGUGCCACGCAUUGGUCGUGACGAAGCAGGUAAUGUGAUACCUAUCCCACGAGUAGGCCUAGCUGAUAAAAGAGUUAUGAGUUUGUUGCGCAUGGGACGCAGUAAUUCUGCAGAUGAAGAAAAACGAGCAAUGGGCAUGUUGCGCAUGGGAAGAUCAGAGGGCACAUCCGAGGAAGACGAAAAGCGAGCCAUGGGAAUGUUACGAAUGGGCAAGCGUGGAAUGGGUAUGCUGAGAAUGGGUCGAUCUGAUGGCACCAGUGAAGAAGAUGAGAAGCGAGCCAUGGGUAUGCUACGCAUGGGGAAACGUGGUAUGGGUAUGCUAAGAAUGGGACGUUCAGACGGGAGUACUGAAAAAGAUGAAAAAAGAGCCAUGGGAAUGCUAAGAAUGGGAAAACGUGCCAUGGGAAUGCUUAGAAUGGGACGAUCCAUGCCUGAACCUGAAGGAGAAGAAAAGCGUGCAAUGGGUAUGUUACGAAUGGGACGUUCUCAUGGAACUUCCGAUGGAGAAGAAAAACGAGCAAUGGGUAUGUUAAGAAUGGGCAAGCGAGCAAUGGGAAUGCUGCGUAUGGGACGAUCUAUGCCAGAACUCGAAGAGGAAGAAAAGCGAGCCAUGGGUAUGCUCAGAAUGGGAAAACGUGGAAUGGGAAUGUUAAGAAUGGGUCGUUCUGACGGUACCUCCGACGAAGAUCAAAAACGAGCGAUGGGUAUGCUUCGAAUGGGUAAGAGAGGAAUGGGAAUGCUACGAAUGGGAAGGUCAGAUGGGACUUCCGACGAGGAUGAAAAAAGAGCCAUGGGCAUGUUAAGGAUGGGGAAACGGGCUAUGGGAAUGCUUCGAAUGGGCCGAUCCGAUGGUACAAGUGAUGUCGACGAAAAACGUGCAAUGGGAAUGCUUCGAAUGGGCAGAUCAAUGGCAGAGGAAAAGCGUGCAAUGGGAAUGCUACGAAUGGGGCGUAGUAUGGACAAUGCCAAUGAGAUUAGCGAUGAUAAUGAAGAACUAGCCAACGUUGUUAAUGCAGCAGUAAAAGAGCUCAGAAAACGGACUCUAGAUGAAACAGAUCAAGAAAUUAACAAAAAAGCAAUGGGUAUGUUGAGAAUGGGUAGAAGUGCGCAUGCGUCUGAAGCUGAAUCAAACGAAACAAUAGAUGAAGAAACAAAAUCAGCGACAUCUAACGAGUAAUCCUAUUCUAUUGAAUCAAUGUACAUUGCUUCUGUUUUCAAUACAUUUGCUGUCAAAAUAGCCUAAUUAUAGAAUCUGGAUUCUUAUGAGUAAAUUACACAUAAACUGGAUUUGAGGAACGUUAGAUCAUGGAGCCAUGGACGUUUGUUUGUAUGUGUUAUUCGUCCACGUUGAAACUAAAACAAUGUUCAUUGGUUCUACUUUAUGAAAUGCAGAUCCCUGCAAGCAGAAAUAAAUAUAUGAUGGUUUUAUAAAUGCAAAUUAAAAAAAUAACCCAGGCAUAACCUGUUGAAAAUGAGCAACAUCUGUUGGAUUCUUAAGUUGUAUCCUUACGUUAAAUAACGUAAAAGGCAGGGUAAAACCACGAGUAUCUUGUUCAUACAAACUGUUUGAGAUAUUUUUAUCUGUUAAUGAAACAAACAGUAUAUGUCAUCUAAGGCCCUUAUAGAUAUGAAAUGCCCGGUAAGCAAGUUAGUGUUGAUUGCCUGUCGGACCCAAUAUCUUCUUGGUCGAGUCUUGCCUCCUCGGGAUGUUUCUGUCAGUUUGGCGUAUGCUCAUUUAGAGUGAAGCAAGUGUAAAUUGGUCCUUUUCUCGAAAAAUCUCUUAGCAGACGAUUAACAGAUAGGGAAUUACAUAAACUAAUAGAACAGUAGAGCUAGGUGUUAUAUUAACCAUACGAAGACAGAUAUGUUGAGGUGGAAAGAGACAAUAUGCUCAUCAUUUGCACGUUAGGACGGGGAGAUUUAUGUCCCCUCGUUGCCCUCGUUACACCGUGCGUUAUGCCCCCAUGUCACCAAGAUCGAUCUGACUAUAGAAAAAGUUUUGCGCAUGGCACAGUUUAGGGCUUAAAUUGAUAUUUUCUUUUGGAUAUCUAAAUUCAUGAUGUGAUUCGAAAAAAAUAUAUGUAUUAUAUCGUUUAUUGACUCAUUCAUAAUAAUUUUAUAUGAAUGACAUCAUCAGUCGUCCGAGUAUCCGGCCGAGUGUACAAAAACUCAAACUACAAACUAUGAUUAUGAGAACAAUUAAAAAGACAAAAGACAAAUAUACAGAAAGGUACCCUACGUCACUAUCUGCGCAAAUAGCACAGGCGAAAUACAGUAUUCAAUUCAUAUUUGUUAACGAAAUUUUAAAUUAUUUUCACACGUUAUCUAAACAAAGUAUGAUAUUUGAGAAAAGUUAAAAAUUUCAAGACAACCCGUCUCUGGAAAUACACUUAUUUUUCAUUCCAAAAUUUGCAUAAUUUGUCACGCCAAGGGAUGUAUCACUAGCGUACUAAUAGUCAUCAAUGUUUGAAGUAAAUUAUUCUAAAUGCCUACAUUUCCGCACGGGGCAAAUGUUAAACGAAGAUAAUGGUUGCUUCUAGUCCGAGUUUUCGUACAAAUUCAUGUAAAUCGGAACCAUUGUGCAGGAGGUUAAGGAAAAUAUGUCCAAACACCCUAUGCUAUUUAUUGUAUUUAAGUAAAAGCAAAUAAAACGAUGGUUUUCUAAUUGGACUGUAUUUACGUUGAUGUCGAAACUAAAAUGGUACGUGGGAAUUAUCAGAACAAAAGGAAAUAAUGUUAUUAACUUGAUUAUAUCAUAUUUACGAUUGCUUGGGUCACUUGCUCAUUAACGCUAUUUGUUAAUGCUUUAUAGUGAUUGAUUAAGGCUUAAGUAAGCAUGUAUACUACUUAAUCAGCAGUCAGUGGCGACAAUUUGGAAUAUAAACAUAUUUUUCCCACAUUAUUGCAAAUUUUCGUUUCGGGUUUCAUUCUUUCAAAAAAUAUUCAUCCUAGUGUGAUAUGCGUUUCAUAGCCACGGAACAAAUUUACACUCCCCUCCAUAAGGUUGGCAACCUUAGCUCCCCCAUUGAACUACGUGUUAAAGCCGCU